AUGGCGGUUGGUGAUGCCACCAUUAAACGUAUUUUUAUCCUAAUAUGUAUAAUUGGACUAUUCGGAAUAGCCACACUAGCUCUUGCAGCUGCCACUCUUGGUACCCUCCAUAAACGUUUUGAUUCAAUUAUUUCGAAAACAACAACAACGAAUAGGCCGAAUCUCAAAUCGACGUUGGCUGAAACCAUUCGAAUCGAAGAUCUUAUGGGUCACUUAAGACAAUUACAACGUAUAGCCGAUGAAUCAAAUGGUACACGAGCUAUUAAUACGCGAGGAUUCAAUCAAACUGUAGACUAUAUAGAAAAAUAUUUAAAUGAACAUGUGACUGGCUUGAAAGUGAUGAGAGAAACUUUUCAAGUGAGAAAUUUUGAUAUUGCAUCAGAUCCAAUCUUACUGUCAUCAAUAAAUGAAACAAUAAAAAACUACACGUAUUCAAAAAUACUUGCUAGAUCUGAUUUUACUUAUGUCACAUAUUCGACUUCAGCGAACUUUCCAGAUUAUGUUCGUGUAAUCAAUAUUCCGAAUUUUGGCUGUUUAGCAAGCGAAUGGGAGAAUGCAGCAGGUUUUGUUGCGCUUGUCAAAGCUGGGGGCAAAUGCACAUAUGCCGAAAAGGGUAUUUUAGCGAGAAACAAUAGCGUUCGAGCUAUAUUAUUUUAUAAUAAUGGCGAAACCAGUGCCAACCUUGCACCAAUAAUUGCACGUUUACGUCAUACAAAUGAAUUACCUGCACUUUAUUUAUCUUAUGCGGCUGGACAAACCCUUGCUAAUGCUACUUUUCUAACUUCAGUCACGGUUAAGAUUUCCAUUGAAUUACAAGAUUUAGGAACUUUCCCAGUUGAUAAUAUUUGUGCUGAUACUAUCGAAGGAAGUAACACAGAAACCAUUGUCGUAGGAAGUCACAGUGAUAGUGUUCCAGCUGGACCAGGUAUUAACGAUAAUGGUAGUGGAACAGCGGCUAAUCUUGUUCUGGCAACAAAUUUAGCUCGUCUAUAUCAAACAACGAGCUACACUAAAUACAAGUAUCGUGUUCGUUUUUGUUGGUGGGGUGCAGAAGAGAUUGGCUUAGCUGGAUCAAGUUACCAUGUUCAAAAAGCGAAGAAUGCAAUUACUCCAGGUGAACGUCUAUCUGAUUAUUUGAUCAAUCUCAACUUCGAUAUGGCAGGUUCACCUAAUUUUAUUUUUGGAAUCUAUGACGCAAAUACAGCACCAAGCGAGACACCAGUGCAAGCAUUGCCUGGUAGCAGAAAAGUCACAGAGUUAUAUCGUGAUUGGCUCAUUGGGCAGAAUUUACCAUGGGAUUAUAGAGAUUUCAAUGGUCGCAGUGAUUAUGGUCCAUUUUUGGAAGCAUGUGUAGUUGCUGGAGGUGUUGCAACUGGAUCAGAUGCUAUAAAAACGGCAGUGCAACGCGAAAAGUAUCGUAAUUCUGUUGGAGACAAUAAUGCCGGUUUCGCAGGAGCCAUUCUUGACCCAUGUUAUCAUCUACCAUGUGAUACUAUAGCGAAUAUCCAUAAAUUCGGCUAUGAAAAUCUGAUUCAAGCAGCUGCAUUCGGACUCGAACAUCUAGGUCAGCAUUCAAACCUGUCCCAGUGGUUGUACCCAACUGGACGAUGUUACAUAUGA